UCUCUCUCUUUGAUGAUGGGGGUAUUUCUAUUCUGUGGGGGCUGUGAGCUCAGCGAGUUUGUUUCUGUGUCUAUAAUCCCCUCUCUCUGGGCGCCAGCAUAUAAAAGCGUCGAGGGGCCUGCCGCACUCUCACACAGACCACCAGUCUCACCCCCGAGUCUACUCCUUUACGCACACACUGCCACAGUCAUCAUGUCUGGAGAUAAAUCCAAGUCUGCUUCCCAGACUGAUGGGAAGGCGGCUCAGAACAAGAUGUCUGAGAUGGGCAUGAUGUCCUACAAGAUGUGUGUGUAUGACCAGGAGAACUUCCAGGGCCGCUGUAUUGAGAUCAACGCCGAGUGUAUGAAUGUGUGUGACAUGGGAAUGGAUAGGGUGCGCUCCCUGCGCGUCGACUGUGGCCCCUUCGUGGGCUGGGAGCAGAUGAACUUCUGUGGUGAGAUGUUCAUCCUGGAGAAGGGCGAGUACCCCCGCUGGGACUCCUGGAGCAACUGCCAGAAGAAUGACUACCUGCUGUCCUUCAGGCCCGUCCGCAUGGACCCCGAGAAGCACAAGAUCUGCCUGUAUGAGGUUGGAGAGUUCAAGGGUCGUAAGAUGGAGAUCAUGGACGAUGAUGUCCCCAGCCUGUUCUCCUACGGUUUCACCGACAGAGUUGGCAGCAUCAUGGUCAGCUGUGGAACCUGGGUGGGCUACCAGUUCCCCGGCUACCGUGGCAGCCAGUACCUGCUGGAGAAGGGCGAAUACAGGCAUUUCAAUGAGUAUGGUGCCCGCUGCCCCCAGAUGCAGUCCAUGAGGCGCAUCCGUGACAUGCAGUGGCACCCACACGGCUGCUACACCAUGUCCUCCAAGUGAAACCCAGCGAGGGCGAGGAAGAGAGGGAUCAGAGGAGAGCUGGAGUUGGAGGGCGGGCACAGAGAUGGCGUAGGAGGCGAGGGAGUGAGAGCGAAGAAGGAGAGGAGGAGGGAGAGGAUGUAAUAUUUCCUCCUCUGUCCCAAAGUCUCUUAGUGGUUUGAGUGCAGCAUGAAGGGAAUACAGUAGGUUGUUAUUUUUAGUUGUAAUCUAGCGACCAAUGAAAAGUUAUUCAAAGGGAAGGAGGAGAUAAUUACACAGACAAUAUCUGAUAAUAAACAAUUUUUGUUCUCCCUUUCGCACCGUCUCUGUUUGUCAGCUCCCUUCUCCCCACUUUCCUCUCUCUCCUCCCCUCCCCGCCUCUCUCCCCCUCAAACUUCUCUUCCACAUAACACCAACGUCAGCCCUCACUCAGCCCAUUAGAGCCUGAAUGACGGCAGUACCAGUGUGGAUUUGUGUGUGUUUGUGUGGUGGGGGGAACUGAGACAGAGGAAAACAGCAAAGGAAGUGGUGGUCAAUUCUCUGAGCUCAGAUCCUGCAGUCACAUCAACCCUAAACCCCAAUAAAGUAUCUCACACCCUG